AUGGCUAAUACGAAUUCUGAUAGCUACAAAUACAUUUUGUUUGAUAACAUUAAUUCAUCAGUAAUUACGAAUUCUCACAUCUCCAAACCAAAGACAAACUCUGUUAAUGUUAAUGAACAAACUCCUUUAAUAUCAACUUCUCAGCUUUUCUUGCACACUUUGAUAUCGAAUAACUAUUCCAAAAACGCUUCUGAUGGUAAUAGCAAUGGUCUUCAUGCUAGUACUUAUUCUAGCAGCUAUUCUAACAGUCGCUCUGGCACUAAUAAUAUUAGCAGAAUAAAUCACAGAAAUGAUGCCAAUCAUAUUAUCUUACUCGAAAAUUCAAAGAAUUCAAUAAUCAGUAAGAUUUUUAAGAGUUUAAAUUUUUUUUUUGUUUUAUUUUCAUCUUUGGCUUUGAUAGCUGCAGCCUCUUUGAUAACUUUUACCUAUCUUAACCAAGACUCUCUUCAAGAAUGCUUUUCGUCUUCGACUGUCAUUGAACCUGAUUUUCUUAAUACCAAAAUUACUUUAAAUGAUAAUGGAUUUGUCUUAAAGACUAGCCUGAAUUUGACUUUUGACUACUCUAAAAUCUUGAAUGCAGAUUCAAAAUCAAAUUCACUUGUUAGUUUUGACGAAAAUUUAGAAACAAGUAUUCAAUCAACAUCAAUUGAUAACCCUUUUGACAAAAAAAAGAUUUAUUACUACAUAAUUAAAACUAUAACUGAUUUGAUAUCUCCAAUAACAAUAAUACCAUUAGAUUCUAUUAAAUUGUCUGCUCAAUUUCAGAAUAAUAAUUAUCAAUUUUCCAGUUUAAAUUUUUUAAAUAAUAAUAGUUUUGAAAUUAAUUUGAAAGAUAAUCAAACAAAUUUUUUAUCUCCUGAAGUAAAUAGUGAAAUUUAUCCAAAUAGUACCAUGGAAAUUUUAUCAGAUCUAAUUGAUUAUUACUUGCUCAAUCCCAACAAUACCAUUUAUAAAAUCAAUGCUAAUAUGAAAGGGGAUUUCUUAUUAACAUGGUCAUUUGUAUCUUUCAACUAUCACGCCUUUUACCAAAAAGACAUAAAACUAGAUCUUAAACUUUUAAACAACUAUCAAAAUUAUUUUCCUAACUUGAAUAUUUCUAAUAUUUUUAAUCCUACAAAAGAUAUUGAUAUUGUUGAUUUUAGUAUUUAUAACACCUCAGACUCACUAAUUACUAAUUUGCAAACAAAUAUCACCUAUCAUGAUUUACCAGGCUUGAAAUAUUAUUUAGAUCAAAAUGACAUAUUUUUAGAUUCUUCAAAUUGGGUAAUUUCUUUACCUGAUCAAAACCAUGAUAGGUUAAUUCCUCUAACAAAAAUUUUCAUUCAUCCAAUUGAAUUUUCAACUGGUUUGUCAUCAUUUUGCAUUAAUCUAACCUCCACCAUAAACAGUUUAGAUCCUCGUUUAUUGCAAAAUAAUAUUAGCAAUUCCGAUAAUAUGAUUGGUGCAAUUGAAGCUUCCAAAACUGAUUCUCAAAUCUCUCUUUUAAAUCAAUUUAUUUUUAAUAUUAUGAAUCGAGAAAGAUUUUCAAUUUAUGUUAAUGGGGAAAAUGAAGUUCAUGACAUCUUCAAUUUUAAAAUUGAAUUGCCUAAUUGGUUUAAGCAAAUAUCCAAUAGGCUUCAUAUUCCAUUAACAAUAAAUUAUCCGGUGGUAGAUUUAUUUUUACCAAAAAACAAUAAUACUAACGAUACUUCAAGCUCAAUUAACAUGAAAUCCGUAAUCAAAGAUGCAGAACUCAUUGAUGUUUCAAUCACUUUACCUAAGAGUUCAUUGCCAAUUUUAGAUCUUGAUUUAAUUUUAAUUGUUCAAUUUCCUCAAAGUUUAACAAAUUUGGAGUUUGAUCUUAAUAAAUUCAAAACAGAGAAACUAAUAUUGAGUUAUGAAUGCAUAGAUAACAAAUCUCUUGGUUUUGUCAUGGAUGAAUGGCAAGAUGUAAUAAUUCAUGAUUUUAUUUUUUCGAAUGAUCAUUACAAUCAAAAAAUAGUUGAAUUAAAAUUGAGAAAUUUGCAGAUUGAUCUAUUCGAUCCAGAUGUCAUAUCUUAUUUGAUCAAAAAAUUUAUUCUAAAACAAGAUGGGGUUGAUGAUAAUAAUAAAGCUGAUUUGGUUUUUAUAGAUUCUGUUUUUGAUAUCAACUUGUCAUUACCCUCAAUUUUUCCCUUAUCCAAUAGUGAGUUUCAAGAAUUUGAUAACUUGCCAGUAAACUUGAAUUGCAAUAUCACUACCAUUUUCAAUGAAUCUUCUAAUAAUACAAUUGGCGACUAUAUAAGUAACUUAACUGUUAUAAUUGAUAAAAUCACCUACAUUGACUCAAACUCAGAUAAUUUUUUGCUUCUUGAACUUGAUAUUAAAGUGUUUAAUCCAUUCAACUCAUCUUUCAGUUUCAAUUUACCUAAAGAAAAUCAAAUUUUCAUUCAAUACAAAUAUAACAAUACGAUUUUGGGGGAAGUAUAUUUCAAUAAUAUAACGGUAGAAGCAUCAAAUCUUUUUCAGUUUUCUUUUUUUUUCAAAGUUAAUCAGAUUGAUGUUUAUCAUCAGGAAAAUAAAUUAUUAUUGGCCGAAUUUUUGAGUAGGUUUGUUUCCAAUACUAAUGACACAAACCCCGUUGUCCAGCUUCAAGGCAAAGAAAUAACAAAUUAUGAUGAUGAUCGGGUUACUAAAGUAUUAAAAGCAAUAGAGGUUGCAGUCCCUUUACCUGAUUUUAGAAACUCUCUUGCUUCCACAAGAUACUCGAACAUGAUUUCUAGUGAUGAUGAAAAAGGCUUUAUACUAAGUGUAACCUUGCAUAUUUUCAGUUCUGAAAUUGAAUGUGAAGUGUAUAAUCCAGUCCAAAAUCAAAACUUGGAACUCAACAUUGUUGAAGGAAAAGCAUAUUAUGAAGAAACAGAACUAGGGAAAUUAAGAGAUAAAAAUGUGAAAAUGGUUAUUCCUCCAGGAGUUUAUAAGACACCUAGAAUACCCAUUGUUGUAAACAAAGGGAUAGCUUCAAACAUAUUAAAGAAAGCAUUAAAUGGUGAGUUAAAAGUUAAAACAGUUUGUCAAUUUUUGAUGAAGCUUGGUAAUUUUGAGGUGCAAUUAAAAUAUAUUGGAACUGAUAUGGCAACUGAUAUACGAAUUUAA